AUGUCGGCCAUGGCCCCCAACAGCGACCGCGCUUCUACAGGCAGCUCUGCCUAUGCCGACUCUGGGAAAUACGCUUCGUGGGCCAGGAGUAAUGAUGCUGGCAGCCGGAAGGGAAAAGACAAGGAAGAUGCCAACAACCUGACCGUCUCUCGUCGACGCGGCCGCAAGUCGGGAGGCUUCUUGAUGGGGAACCUCUUCCAACCCAGAGACAGCGAAGACGACAAGAUCGACUCAUCACUCAAGCCGUCGCCGCGAAAACCCUCACGACUGGGUCGGAAUGUCUCGAGUCCGCAGAGCAAUACCGACUUGGCUCCUUCGAUGCCCCAAACCUCUCUGGACCCGACACAACUGGUUCAAAUGGCCCUUAGCCUGAGUGAGGGUCGUCGUCGCCAUGUCAGCGCCAGCCUGCAAGUUCCUGCUGCUUCGCCCGACAAGCGUCGUGUGCGGUCUAGUGGUGCCCCCGUCAUACACGUCUCCCCAGGCUCCCCAAUGGGCAACGACCUCUUACAACCCAUAUCUCCCGGUGAUUCUGGUUACCGCGCUUCCACCGAAGACGAUGCUAGUUUCAUGAUUGGAGAAGAGGUGAAUUAUGAAUUCUCUCAAGCCACCCUCCACCGCGCCGACCGAGCACGCAAGUUUUUCGAGCUGUCGACCGAGUACAGGCGCUUGUUGACAAGUCUUCCGCCUCUGAAGCCUGCCGCCUCUGUUUCAUCUCCACGCUCCGGGUCGAGCCAGAAAGAGUUGGGAAGAGACUACAACCCGCUGCAACUCUUGCGCAACCGCAAAGCCCGCCAUCGCGAGCAACGGCCUCUUGAUCCCCCGGUCGAAGCCUACGACAAUUUCUCCAAGGUCAAGAGCUACAUUGAUGAGAUAGAACACGAAGCCGCCGACCACACCUACCGCUCCACGUUGGACACAUCUCUCCUUCCAACUUUCCGUCGCCCCAGCCGAGGCCAGGAUGAUAUUUCAAACCAGAUUACUCGCUCCCACAAGCGUUCCGAUACGGCUGCAACAAGAAUCACUCCAUCCGAGACAGGCUGGUCUUUCGGACCUGCCGAGUUACUGGCUGACGCCGUCUGGCUAUUGCAACCGGCAAACAGAGCAUGCAUAGAAAACAGACACGGUCACAAAGUCUUCCCUCAACAACCUCGUUCGAGCUUCGACAGUGCGAGAAGCGGCAGAANNAAAAGCGGUGACAGCAGGCCUUCCAUCUCGCGCACAAAUACUUGGGGAAGCACUGUAAAGAGUGACGAUGAUACGGACCGAGGCCGCAUAAGAUCAAAAUUUCUCUCUCUGCGACACGUCGACCAGUCUGCUCGCAAGCACCUGUUCCGAAACAGGUCGCGCUCAAGCAGUAUGUCCAGCGCGAUUUCGGCACGUCCCUCGAAUCGUAAGAAGCAGUUCUUGGGCCCUGGAGACGCCCCUGAUGUCGAGAAUACUGGCCCAUUGGAGCGCCACAUGAAGAGCCUGAUCGAGAAAGAGACGUUGGGUAUCGAAGAGGACUCACCCGACUUCAUCUCGCCAGAUAAGUGGGACAGAGGCCAUGAACAGUCAAGUGCAAAGUCACCGACUCUAGCUGAUAGUCCGUCUAUCAACAAUCAUAAGCGAAACCAUUCAUCAAAGACCGAUGAACAUGGCACGCAAGAUGAUCGCGCUCGUUCCUCCUUUGACGACUCCACUGCUCCUAGUUCUCCCGUCGUCGCGAAUCACAUUCCUUCAUUUGGUAUGAGUUUGUCACCUCCAGCAAGUCGUCAAAGUUCACCCGAGAGAAAGUUUGGUCUGUUCAGAUCCAGCAGAGAUGCCUCUGACGACAAGGUCCAUCGCACAGACUUUGCUACUGCCAGUUUAGCCAGCCUUGCCAGCGCACGUCAUGUCAGCGACAAUGUCGAUCCACCUCGCUCCAGCAUCGACUCGCUUCGUCCUCCAAUUCCAGGUAUCAAACGCCACAAAACCUCAAACAGCAUAACCAGCACCCUGCUAAGUCCAGGUCGCCGCAUGUCAAAGGAUGUCGGUGUUGGUCGUUUCUUCAAAGGUGGUCGCAUUGGAGACCUGGUUCGUUCGGACAGUUCUCGUCAGAACGAAAAGUCGCGAAAGAAGGAUCGACAGGUUACUUCCGAUAUGUCUGACUCUGAUAUGGAUACCGAGGAACAAGACGAGAACCAGCCACGUAAGAUGCCACCCGUGAACAGGUCAAAUUCUAUACUUGUUGGAGCAACCCCGAAGCAANAAGAGAAGGAGCGACAAAAGCUCAACAACUUAAACUUACCAUCCUUCAAACCGAUCAACCAGAUUGUGGAGAGCGAUGCGGAAGAAGACCAUAUUGCUCGACAAAGCAAGCUGCACAGAGAGGGAAGCAGAUCCUCCAGAUUCGACAGACUGGCUCCUCCUCGGAUCAAUCCUCCUCGGGAGGACUCUCCCUCCGUGUCACCAACCCGAAGGACGCCAAUCUCACGCUACUCCAGCGAUGGUGGCGAUCGCAGCGAUCAAGAUAUGCUGGGACCUUUGCGCAAGAAUCGUCAGUCCGGUGGGUUCGAGACAAAUUUGUCAACGAUCGAGAACGAUUCCCCAGCUCGAUCCCGGCACUCAUCGCCCUCGAAACGACACUGGAGCAUCUCCGACCGCAAAGGCGCUCAAGGCGAAGGCACAGAGCCGACAAUGAUAUCGUCACUCGAUAUCGCCCGACUUCCGGGUCUACACGACAGACUUGCCGAUCUACGCAUCAAAGUGGACGAAAAGUUUACUCCGCUCGUGCACUUGACGGCCGAUGAGGCAGAUGCGUUUACAGUGGCAUUGACCACUCAACACACACUUGCCACCAAGCAAGUCAAUGAUGCCAUUGACAAUGUGCUCCGUCGUCGCCGCAGGAAGUUGAUCUUUUUGCAAAAAGCGACGUUUACUGUCUUGGAGUGGAUUGUGUUGGGAUUGCUGUGGGUAGUGUGGUUUGUGGUCAUCAUUGUGAGGUUCUUUAGGGGUAUUGUCUCUGGUGUUGUCGGAGGUGUUAGAUGGAUGCUUUGGUUGUAG